CUCCUUACAUCAAUUCUUUCAACGCUACAACCCGAUCAUUGGAUAUCUCACCAUGUCGCGCCCGUCAUCCAUGGCCCAGCGCCCGCUGACACUUACGGAAGAGCUCGAGAAGCUGGAGCAAUCAAUCACGCUCACCCUGCAGGAGAUCGACCACAACUUCAGUCAAGCCCAUCGUAUCGUCACAACCAGUGUUCUACCCCUGAUCGAACAAUAUUCAGAGAGCUCCCGCGACGUCUGGGAAGGUGCCAAGUUCUGGAAGCAAUUCUUCGAAGCCAGCGCCAACGUCUCCCUCUCGGGCUACGAAGAGAAACCUGAAGACACCACCACAACGCUACAAGAGGAAUCGGACCAGUCUCUCACCGCGCAACAAGACGAAUCGCACCUCAGCCACGACGACCACCGCGAGCACGAACCUGAAUUGGAGUUGACAGCCCUCAGUCUCUCCUCCCACAGCACCCCGCGCCCCUACGCAUCUCACCACCACCACCACCAGCACGGCAGCCAACAAGCUAACGACACAACCGUCACCUCCUCCAUCGCGCACCCCUCCCCAUCCCCCUACGACCUCCACCCCGACUCCCUGCCCCUUGACAGUGAUACCCGCGACCUCGCCCGCGCCGCCGAACUCGCCGACGCAGAAAACGAGGACUCCUUCCUCCCCACUACCCCAGGCAAAUACUCCGCCUCGGCCUCGGCCUCGCGCACCUACCGCCCCACCCAACAACAGCAGCAGCAACAACAACAACAAUACCCCUACCACCACGACGAAUCCCACACCCCACUCUCCUCCUCGCCCUUCAUCCCGCCCGCCCCCACAACCACCCACGAAGCUUACGAAAACAACGACGAUGUUGAUGAUGAUGUUCACGAAGACCCCAUCCUGCACCGCUUCCACGACAAGACCUACCGCGUGCAAGCCACCCCCCUCUCCAAGAAGCGGCAACCACUCAAACACUACCUCUCCACCUCCAAAUCCAUCAAAUUCACCAAUCCCAUGUUCAACUCCACCACCCCGCAAAAGCCCCCCACCAAGAAAUCCAAAUACUCCUUCGACUCCUCCCCGAUCUCCAGCCCGGAGCCCGAGGCCCCGCAACUCCACGCCGAGAUCUUCGACUCCCCCAUGAAAGGAGGCGGGGCCGCCGCCGCGGCCCAAACGCCCAACACUGGCCGCAAGCGCCAGCCGAGCGCCCACCACCCUUACUAUUCCCGCGUGACCCCCAAGCCCGGCAUGAGUGUCCUCACCCCAAUGAAGGGUGGGACCGGUCGGCCGGGUAGCGCGGGAGGAGGGUGGGAUAGCGACGAUGAUGCUCUCGGUGGUAUUGGUGGUCGCUACGGCGGCGGCGGCGCGGCGUUCAGCGACGAGGACGAGGAUCUGGGUCCCAGCCCUCCGAAGACGAUGCAGUUCCAUAUUCCGCAGAGUCGGUUGAUGAAAACUCCUGCAAAAGAAGCGUCCAAGCGGAUCGUGGAAGACUUGUUGUUCACCGCCGGAGCGAACGAUACCACGGAUGAUAUCGUGGAGGAGCAGAGUCCGAGCGUGAUCCGCCGGGUGGAGAAGCUCGAGGAUGAGACUUUCUAGAGCAGAAUCCACCUUCGCUGGUAAUGGCCAGAUGGCGGUUUGUGCUACAGAGACAAGACCUCUCAUGCUGUACCUACUGUAUAUAUCAACCCAAAUCAUCUCGCGUUUCGUCGCGGGAUAAUUCCCCUUUCAG